CUCUCUCUGGGAGCCCGGCAUUCCACUCAACAAUGACACGAUUCACUGCGUGCAGGCAGAAUGCAUUAGCGCUGCGCGUCGUCAAUGGGAUUAAAUGUCAUUGAUGGAAUUCCUCGUUUAAUCGCUUGAGAACUACUCUCGUUUAGCCAAUUCAAUGAAGCCACAAACUUUCCGUCGCACUUAACGCGCUUUUUAUUUUUUGGAACAGGCGGAAAAGUGUCAGAUGUCUUCUAAAAAAAAGUGUUGAACCUUCUUCAUCGUGCCAUGCAACUUGAGGGGCAAAAGUCAACCGUCAGAUCUAAGCAGUUUUGGGCCGUUGGAUAUAUAGAACUGUGUCGCUGAUUUGUCCGUUCAGGUCGCUUACCUACACAACCUGUCUGUCUGCUGAAACAACCUCACCUCUAUUAAGCACGCAGGCACAAGCUGGUCUAAACCGCCAGGUCCAGGAAAACCGUUUAAACUAUGAUAUAAUUAGUCUGGAUGCUUCUACACAUUUGAAGGAGACACGAACUGCAUUGCUUGAAUUUCAGAGUCAUUUUCUUGGGAAAUCGGAAAGCGCUUUCAGAAAACAUUUGUGCCCUCUACGACUCUCCGCGGGUCUGGUGCUGAUCUCCUGCAACAACAAAAAAACACCAGUCCUGGAUGGGUCUCACUCAAGAAGAGGAAACUUAGCGAUUUUAGCACAGACCAGACACCGGACCACGCGCGCUGCAGGACGACCGGGAAUAAUGCAUAGAUGAAACCCCGUUCCAGUAACGCCGUUCUCGCACGGAAAAGGCGUCGCACAGGGAAUUUGUCAAUCUCCGGGCGACAAUGUCGGACAACUUCACCGAUUUCGAAUUCAACAGCACGACGCAGCCGGUGGCAGCUGCCGUGGCUCCAGACUACAACUUUCCAGCUCUUAUAUUCGGGAUAUUGCUAAUCAUUGUGAUUAUCGGUGGAAAUGUGCUUGUGUGUCUUAGUGUUUACAUGGAAAAAGCUUUAAAAACUACAACAAACUAUUUCAUUGUGAGUUUGGCUGUUGCGGACCUACUCUUGGCAGUGCUGGUGCUGCCACUGUUCGUGUUCGCAGAGUUCCAGGGUGGUGUGUGGUCCUUGAACAUGAUGCUGUGUGACGGUCUGAUGUCCAUGGAUGUGAUGCUGUGCACAGCCUCCAUCUUCAACCUCUGUGCCAUCAGCGUCGACAGGUUCAUUGCUGUGUCAAUCCCUCUGAACUACAACAGGAAGCACGUUGACCAGCGUCAGAUCAUCCUGCUGUCAGGCACCUGGCUCAUAGCCCUGGCCGUGGCUUCCCCAGUCAUGUUGGGUAUCAACAACAUCCCACACCGGGACCCCGCCGAGUGUAAACUGGAAGAUGACAACUACGUGGUUUACUCCUCUGUCUGUUCCUUCUUCAUCCCCUGUCCCAUCAUGCUCCUCCUCUACUUCGGCAUGUUCCGGGGCCUGAAGAGGUGGGAGGAGGCGCGCAAGGCCAAGCUGAGGAACAGCAUCCAGACAUGCAGGAAGCUUCAGCAUGCAGCCGCAGCCGCCGCCAUGCCGACCUCAGGGACCAUCCCCGGGCCACUGCCCAUGCCCCUGCCCAGGAUCAUCGAGAGGGACCUGGCUCAGGCCCGGCUGGGGCUGGAGGAUACCGAUGACUAUCUGCAGCCGGACUGCCCCCCGUUCCCCUCGGCGUACAGGGAGAGGAUCAGCUCCGUGCCGUCUAUCUCCUACCAGCAGAAGCCGCCGCAGAAGAGGAAGCGAGCCAAGAUCAACGGCAGGGAGAGGAAGGCCAUGAGGGUUCUUCCUGUUGUGGUGGGUUGCUUCCUGUUCUGCUGGACCCCGUUCUUCGUUGUCCACACCACCCGGGCCCUGUGUGCUACCUGCUACAUCCCGCAGGCCCUGAUAAGCACCGUCACCUGGCUGGGCUACGUCAACAGCGCCCUCAACCCCAUUAUCUACACGGUCUUCAACACAGAGUUCAGGAAGUUCUUCAAGAAGUCCCUCCACUCAUUCAGCUGCUGCUGACGUCAGCCCCGCACCGGAGGGACAAUGGUAGCGCUAACCGUACUCUCACAGAAGGCGUGUACUACUGCACAGGCAUUUCCAAGGGCCAGGGGUGGGGUCAGUUCAGAAGGUACACAAAAAAAUGUCCAAUUAUCUUCAAUGCUUUUCGGUGAGGAGAAUGUGGAAUUGGAAUUUGGUUGACUUUCUUAAUUGUCUGGGGAUGGCCCAGGGCUAAAUCUGUAUGUAUUGCUCUGGGGUGGCCAACCCUCCUCCUGGACAGCUACUUAGUGAACAGGUUUGUGCUACAACCCUACCCUAAACAGAUGACCUUGACCAGCUGACUCAGCAAGGAUGGAGCCAGCACACCCUGUAGAUCUCCAGGAGGAGGUUACAAAUUAAACCUUUAUUUAACUAGGUAAGUCAGUUAAAGAACACAUUCUUAUUUACAAUGGCGGCCUACCGGGGAUCAGUGUGUUAACUGCUUUGCUCAGGGGCAGAACAACAGAUUUUUACCCUUGUCGGCUCGGGGAUUCGAUCCAGCAACCUUUAGUUUACUGACCCAACGCUCUAACCACUAGGCUACCUGCUGGUUACUGACCCAACGCUCUAACCACUAGGCUACCUGCCCCCUCAACCCCAUAGUCAUGCCACUGAGAUAUGGGUAUAUGAGUGUUUAUCUGGUGGGUGGGCGGAGUUGGGUGGGCGGAGUCUGAGACCAUUCCAAUUGUUCUAAAGUAACAUCGCUAUCCAACCUGGAUACCAUGGCGAUGCUGGCUUUGCAUUGUUUAUUACAGGUGUGGUAUGAGGCUUAAUACUAGCAUUAUAACAGUCUUACGAUAGUGUUAUUACAGCCCUGUGAAGACACCUUUAAAUCUGAAGUUAUUUAGCUGACAGCAUUAUGAAGAACAGAAGCUAAUCAAUGAAUGCAUUCAUACAGUAUGUAUGAAACUGAAGCUUUUAGCCUGUAACCUCGUAUACAAAUCCAUUCAAAUGUUGUUUUAUUUGAUUUUUUUGAAAGUUUGUUGUAAUGUUGUUUGUUUUUUUGCCAUUUUAACUGAAGCCAAUACUUUGCCUGUAUCUGCCUGUAACAGCAGUCUGUUUGCCGGCUCAUUGACAGUGCCUACUGUUUUACCAUAUCCACGUUUUAUGUGGAUAGCUUUCCAAUAAAAUAAAAAAUAAAUGACACUUCUUUGUUAGAGCAA